UAUGCUUGCCUAUGUUACUAUACUACUAGUCUACUACUACUCCAUAUAUAUAUAAGUAAUUGAAGACACAAUUACAGAGAAAAUAAGAGUAACUUGAUAAGACAAAUAUAAAUUAAGGUAAAACAGAGAAAAUUAAGAGUUAGAAAUGGGGCCUAAGAACACAUUCACAAUCUUGGUGUUGGUCAUUUUGGGAGCUUUGAUGGGAAAUGAAGUUGAGGCAGGUCAACAUGUUGUUGGUGGCAGCCAAGGAUGGGAGCAAUCCACAGAUUUUGACUCAUGGGCUUCUGCUCAAACAUUCAAGGUUGGAGACCAACUUGUUUUCAAAUAUUCAUCUGGACUUCAUAGCGUGGUGGAAUUGGCCGACGAAAAGGCUUACAAGCAAUGUGACACUGGAAGUUCACUAGACUCUAAAAGUAGUGGGAAUGAUGUUGUGAAAUUGACCAAGCCUGGAACCAGAUACUUUGCUUGUGGUACUUUAGGCCAUUGUGAUCAAGGAAUGAAGCUCAAAAUUACAACAGUCGCCGGAAAUGCACCUUCAACGCCAACAUCCCCCUCGUCGUCAUCUUCAUCGUCAUCAUCUUCUCCUUCGUCUACUUCUACUACUACUUCAACUUCCACAUCUUCUUCUACAAAAUCUCUUUCUUCUUUGGCUGCAAUUUUUGCUGUGGUGGCCACCCUUUUCUGCUUUAUGUUUUGAACAUAUUUGUUGCAUAUGUAAUAUGAUUUGAAUUAAUAUUUUUUUGUAUGAUUAUAUGAAUACAUGUAUUUGUGAUGUUAAUGAGGGAGAAAAUAAAGUUGAGAAUCAGAGAAUGUAACCUUUUAUGUUUUAUUAUUAUUAUUAUUUUUGUUACAAUUUAUGAUAAAUUUAUUGGUGCUAUAUAUUCAUUAUAAUUUGUUCUAUAAA